AUGGUCGUCAUAACUCCAGGUGUCGAUUUCAUAGCGCGAAGCGUAGCUUCGGUUGGCUUAUUCUUCGGGAUCGUUGUCAAUGUCCACUCUGUAGUGGCCUCCCGGCUUGGGUACCAUGCUCCUACAUGGGCCAUUGUUGCUGGAGCCAUCUUCAGCAUACCGACCCUGGCCACUCUAAAUAUCAUGGGUAGGAAGCUGUAUAACAUGUAUCAAGCAUCUCGCAUGGGUGCACAAAUUGUACCUGAAGCUCAAGGAAAAUGGCCUGGAAACUUGGACAUCCUGCUGGAAAUGAUGAAGAAUUUCAAGACUGGUUAUCCUGGCGAUGGUCUCGUAGAGCUGCUUGAGAAAAGGGGUCCUGUUGUGAAUAUGCGUGUGAUGUGGUCGGACACCAUUUUUACUGCAUCUCCUGAGCACAUAAAAACCAUGCUAGCAACGGACUUUGAGAACUACGUCAAAGGGAAACGGUUUAUCUUCAACAUGGAGUCGGUUUUAGGCACAGGGGUUUUUAAUUCUGAUGGCGAAAUGUGGAAGUUCCAUCGAUCAAUCACAAGGCCUAUGUUUACGCGCGAACGGAUCAGUCACUUCGAACUCUUCGAUCGUCGAAGUUCCCAGGUUGUUGAUAAGCUUCGCGAACGACUUCGUCAGGGUUACGCUGUUGAUUUUCAGGACCUAAUGUCUCGAUUCACAUUGGACGCAGCUACUGAGUUCCUCUUCGGAAGCAGCGUUGACAGUCUCACUGCUGGGCUUCCUUAUCCUGAGAACGCAACCAAUGUCCCAACCAUUCAACGAACCGCCAAAGGAGAUGCCGCUAAUGAAUUUGCUACGGCCUUCCUAGAAGCACAAAAUGUCAUCUCGGUCAGAGAGAGAUUUGGUUGGGUAUGGCCACUUGCCGAAAUAGCAAAGGACAAAAGUUAUCAACCCAUGCAAGUUGUGAAUGCCUACAUCGAUCCUAUCGUAAAAGAUGCUUUGGCAAGGAAGAGAAGUAUACCAGUCGAGGAAAGGGGUUUGAAGAACGGCGAACAUGAUACUCUCGUUGACAACUUGGUCAGUGUGACGGACGAUCCAGUGGUUUUGAAAGAUGAGAUACUGAAUAUUAUGAUUGCCGGGAAAGAUACCACUGCUUCGACACUCACCUUUAUUUUCUACUUCCUCUCCAUAUAUCCAGAGGUGAUGAAUCGUCUACGAACAGAAAUACUAGAUAAGGUAGGCCCUUCACGCCGCCCGGACUACGACGAUAUCAGAGAAAUGAGAUACCUUCGGGCCGUCAUCAAUGAGACACUACGAUUAUACCCAAUCGUGCCUUUCAAUAUACGCGAAAGUGUCAAAGCUUCGACGUGGAAAUCGAGUGAUCCAACUCAAAAACCUUACUUCAUCCCAGCAGGAGUCAAGACGGCGUAUUCUGUCUUCAUGAUGCACAGACGUAAAGACCUAUGGGGACCUGAUGCCGAGGAAUUUGACCCAGACCGCUUCCUUGACGAACGCCUCAAAAAAUACUUGUCAAAGAAUCCGUUCAUUUUCCUUCCAUUCAAUGCUGGCCCCCGAAUUUGCUUAGGUCAACAAUUUGCAUACAACGAAAUGUCAUUCAUCAUCGUCAGGCUUCUGCAGAACUUCUCAAGUGUUGAACUAGACCCCGAUUCUGCUCCUGCCGAUGCACAUCCACCGAAGGAAUGGGCUCAAGCCUCCGGAAGAAAGUCCAUAGAGAAACUCUUCCCUAAAAUGCAUCUAACGAUGUAUACUAAUGGUGGUCUAUGGGUCAAGAUGACCGAGAGCGACAAUAUUAACAAAUAA